AUCUUUACCGGCACUUCUCUUGCUUGACCGCUAAAGGUGUGUGCUUUCCUUGUUUCUCUCUUUCUCUCUCGCCAAAAGGCAGGACUUUCGUGGACUACCCGUUUACCCAGCCCCAACCCAGAAGAAGAAGAAGAUCAGAAAUCGGAAAUGGGUUCUGAAACGAGGACAAUUGCACAAGAAAGUGUUAUGGAAGAAGGUAUCAGUAACCACGUUGACGUUGGUGAGAUUGUCAAGAAAGAGGUAAUUGUUGUUGACCAUCUUGAUCAGGUUCAUGAUUGUUCUGCAUUACCGCCGGAUUCGGACACCAGAUCUGUACAAGAAGAGAAAACACCGCCUUCCUCCAUCAUCAUGGGGAAGAGGAAAAUUAAGCGGAAGGAGAUAUAUGAUGAUGAGCUUCUUUUCUUUCGAGUUAGGAAUAGGAAGAGGAAGAAGAAGAAACCCUUAUCUCCCAAAUCAGAACCAGCAAUGUCCAACCUUACAAGGAAGUCUCCAAGUUCUUGCAGUACUAAAAGGAGAAAGACUGGAACUAACGGUUCAGAUGAAUUUGCUCAAGUUAAGACACCUGCUAUGAUUCGAGCAGAGAAGGUUCAAGCAAGUUUGGGAUCUGAAUUUCAAACUUUUACAAAGCUGUUGGUUAGAUCACAUGUGUCUAGCUGUUUCUGGAUGGGACUUCCUGGACCAUUCUGCAAACUACAUCUUCCUAGAGAGGAUUCUGCAGUUAUUUUAGAAGAUGAAAAUGGACAACAAUUUGAUAUGAAAUACAUUGCUGAGAAGACGGGCUUAAGCGCAGGCUGGAGAAAGUUUGCUUAUGCUCAUCAAUUGAUCGAGGGGGACGCUUUGGUCUUUCAGUUAGUCGAACACAACAAAUUUAAGGUAUUCGUCGUAAGAGCAAACGAUUUAACUGAAGUUGAUGGCGCUCUUAGCCUUCUAAACCUAGAAGCUCAGACAAAACCGGACGAGUCAGAAAAGUUGGUAAAUCUCAAGGAAGAAACAAUAACCCUCAAGGGUAAAAAGAGGAAAAACAAAAAGUCACUCGCAUUAGUGAUCCCUGUACCCUUACAACAAGUAGAACCGUUUGAAAAUGACAGCGAAGAGGUGGGAUCCGAGGUCGUUGUGGGUCCCACCUUUUCCAACUCAACAGCUCAGUUUGAAGACCUAUCUUUUGAAGACUUCCAUAUUGUGGUUGAUGGUUUUUGCAUAGAUUCAAAGUUACCCGAACAAACGAUGACUAAAUACUACGAACUCUGUUGUGACAAGAAUGAGUUUCUUCACUCCCGAGUUGUACGAGGACUUAACCUUCAUUUGGUCGCUGGUAUUAUAAGCGAGAUCGUUAAUAUAUCAGACAGUUUGAAAACGUGCACACUUUCUACUCCAAAGGAUGAAUUUGUUGUGUGGGAGAAGACUUUGAAAUCUUUCGAGCUGUUAGGGAUGAACGUCGGUUUUCUACAUGCUAGGCUUUGUAGACUUCUUAGUCUGGCCCAUGAAUCGGAAGAGGCGGUUGAAGUUAGGAAAUAUUGGGAAGCUAAAUCGGAGAAGAAUCGAAUCGAGGAAGAUAUAAGAAGCGUGGAAGCGAAGCUCAUAGAGUUGUUGGAGGCUUCAGAAAAAUAUGAUGGCGUAAUUGAGGCUCUUAAACCUAAAGUUGAAAGCUAUGAAAUUAUGUUUCAAGAAGAGAUUAAUGCUCCUUGGUAGUAUUCAUUUAGGAAAUAUUAAUGUUUGACAUUUUUUUCAUUUUGGUUUUGUUGCUAUCCUUAAUGUGGGACUAAAGUGUAGAUUUUUUUUAGUCAUGGUUGUAUAAACUCUGUUUUUAGUUAAUUGUUGUAAUGCAAUUUGAAAUGUGUUUUUAAUUA